AGCGGGAGCGGCAAGAUGGCGGACAGUGACGGCUUAGGUGAAGCAGCGACUGCUGCGGCGUCUCCUUCUGCCCCUGCUCCCGGCCUAAGCCCGCCGCUGGGCUGGAGGGAGCGGCUGCGGGCUGGUCUGGCGGGCAUUGGGGCCUCACUGUGGUUCGUGGCGGGUCUGGGGCUGCUUUACGCUCUGAGGGUCCCGCUGAGGCUGUGUGAGAAUUUGGCAGCGGUGACUGUAUUUUUAAAUUCAUUGACACCCAAAUUCUAUGUGGCACUUACAGGGACGUCUUCUUUGAUAUCAGGACUAAUAUUUAUAUUUGAAUGGUGGUACUUUCAUAAGCAUGGCACAUCUUUUAUUGAGCAAGUUUCUGUAAGCCAUUUGCGACCAUUGAUGGGAGGAACAGAAAGCAGCAUUUCAGAGCCAGGUUCUUCUUCCAACAACAGAGAAAGCGAAACCAGCAGGCAGAAUUUGUCAGAAUGUAAAGUGUGGAGAAAUCCUCUAAAUCUUUUCAGAGGAGCAGAAUAUAGAAGAUACACUUGGGUGACUGGUAAAGAGCCGCUUACAUACUAUGACAUGAAUUUGUCAGCUCAGGACCAUCAGACCUUUUUCACCUGUGACACAGACUUUUUACGUCCUUCAGACACAGUUAUGCAGAAGGCAUGGAGAGAAAGGAAUCCUCCAGCUCGAAUCAAAGCAGCCUAUCAAGCUUUAGAAUUAAACAAUGACUGUGCCACUGCAUAUGUUCUACUGGCUGAGGAAGAAGCAACAACUAUUGUCGAUGCCGAAAGGUUAUUUAAGCAGGCACUCAAGGCAGGAGAAACAAUUUAUAGGCGGUCACAACAGUGCCAGCACCAAAGUCCUCAGCAUGAAGCUCAACUGAGGAGAGAUACCAAUGUACUGGUGUAUAUUAAAAGAAGACUGGCAAUGUGUGCAAGAAAAUUGGGAAGAAUAAGAGAGGCAGUAAAAAUAAUGAGAGAUUUAAUGAAAGAAUUUCCUCCUCUUACCAUGUUGAACAUCCAUGAAAAUCUCCUAGAAUCACUUUUAGAAUUACAAGCCUAUGCAGAUGUCCAAGCAGUUCUAGCAAAAUAUGAUGAUAUAAGCCUUCCAAAGUCAGCAGCCAUCUGUUAUACAGCAGCACUAUUGAAGACAAGGACUGUUUCAGAUAAAUUCUCUCCAGAAACAGCCUCCAGAAGAGGGUUAAGCACAGCAGAAAUUAAUGCUGUGGAAGCAAUUCAUAGAGCUGUGGAAUUUAAUCCUCAUGUUCCAAAAUAUUUAUUAGAGAUGAAAAGCCUCAUUUUACCUCCAGAACACAUUCUGAAGCGGGGUGACAGUGAAGCAGUUGCCUACGCGUUCUUUCACCUUCAACACUGGAAGAGGAUAGAAGGCGCUCUUAACCUGCUGCAGUGCACGUGGGAAGGCACUUUUAGAAUGAUUCCAUACCCAUUAGAGAAAGGCCAUCUAUUUUAUCCUUAUCCCAGCUGCACAGAGACUGCUGAUAGAGAGCUAUUACCUCCGUUUCAUCAUGUUUCUGUUUACCCAAAGAAGGAGAUUCCUUUUUUCAUCCAUUUCACAGCAGGACUAUGUUCUUCUACAGCAGUGAUAGCUUUGCUUACACACCAGUUUCCUGAGAUCAUGGGUGUUUUUGCUAAAGCUUGGUGCUGAUUGGCAAGUGUGUGUCUCAAACUGAAAUGACGUCACUGUGUAAUCUGGCAUGGAAAAAAGUGGACUAAACAGAGAAUCCUGUCCAUUUAACAAGCAGAAAAAAAUACACCGCUGUGUAUUUGAGAUCAUAGAAAAGCAGUGGGAGAAAUGGUCUCUCAGGGCAGUGGGAAGGAAGUAAAAUAGAGAGAGGAGGGAGGUCUAGAAUCUGGAGUAGAGAGAUAGUAAUUGUUAGCAGUGUCCUUCCAUGAGGUACUGGCUAAAAUUAAUGUGGAGUGCACUCACUGUCUGCUGUAUCCAUGUGUUGGUAUAUCGUGUCUGCCUUUACCUAAGCGAUCUCUGAUGCACCAAAAGAGCCUUUAGGAUUACAUAACACAAGCUCCUAGCAGUAUCUGAGAAUAAAUAAUUAUCCAUUUGAAAGUUGAAGCUCCUUCUUUAGGUCAAAAGUUAUUAAUUUACUGUGAUUCUAGUUGAUGAACAAUAAACAGAUAUUUGUUUACUAUCUUUUGGUAUGUGUUGCUGGUAUGUAGUGUUUAAAAUGUGCCUGACAGCAAACUUCUAUAGCUAGAUUUUAUCCCUAUGGCCUUUACAUGUACAGUUUAAAUUCCUAAAAGUUAAGUAUUUACUGAAAGUACCUGCAAAUCAACAUUCGGUAUGCAGCAGUUCCAAGGGCUGUUUCCAUUUAAGAAUUAAUGGGAAAUGAAAGCAAUAUAGGCAGACUCCAGUUUAUAAACUCAAUGAACAAUUACCCUAGUAGACAGACAGCAAGAGAACUAAAGGCUCACAUGCUUCUUACCACUUAAUAUUGUGUGGUCUCUGCCCCAGGAGCAUUACCAUCACCCAGGACAUUGUUAGAAGCAAGAUCCCCAGAGGAGUCUAUAUACAUUUAAAGCUUAAGAAGCCCUUGCUCUACUCUACCCCCAGUAGAGGAAUUUAUAAUUCCUGGAUGGUGCCACCAUAUCAAGGUGGAGAAGGGACAAGAUUGUAGAGUCAUUAUGAGCAGAGGCUCUGGAGCCAGACUAUUUUGCUUUGGAUUUCAGUUGUGACACUUACUGGCUGUGCAACCUUGGGUAAGUUGCUUAACCUUCCCCACCCCCCAGUUGUAAAAUGAGAAUAGUAUUACCUCUUGGAUUUUUGUGAGGGCUAAAUGAGUUUAAAAUUUAUCAAGAGUGUCUGCCCACAGUAAAAAGUAGGUGUUAGCUGUUGUUAUCAUCAUUGUCAUCAUCAUCACCAAAGUGCAGCUGUAGUGAGAAACUCUACCCUCUUCAUGUUUGGAAGAGCUAUGUCCUACUAAUAAACCAAAAAUGCAUUUUUCCAUAAAAAUAGUAGUAGAAAUGGCUGUUAGGUAUCAUUUAAUCAAUACUUUUAGUACUAUACUUCUGGUCCAUUAUGUGCACCAGAAAGUGAAGAAAUGUUUCAAAUUCUAGGCACUAGCAAACUGCCUUAUAGAGCAAAACUCAUUGGUAAGUUGCAAACUGCAUGUGUUAAAAAUUUUUAGUUAAGUCAGAUAUUUGAUAGCCAAGUACAAUUAAAUGUAGAAAUCAAUGAAGAAUCUUUGAAACAUAUUUAUUCUAAUAUUAAGUAAGGCAAAGAGGUUUAAGAAAAUUUCCUAGUUCCUUCCAUUGUUGCCAUUGUCUCUCCUUCAUCUAAUAACUUCUUGUAUUAUUUCACAUGCUAGAGGAAAUUCAGUCUGAAUUUGUUAAAAUGCACUUGUUACAAAGAUUGCUUUUUCGUGAAGCAAGGCGCUAGGGAUUAGUAAUUUGUAGUAAUCCUCACUGGACAUCAGAUUUACAUAAAUGGAAGGGAACGAACUAGAAUGGCUAGUGUUUUAGUGCCCCUUCUUUUGCAUGAUAUAAAGCCAUGGAAAAAGAUUUCAUCUUCAGCACAUUAGGACUUUUUCUCCUGAUUUUUCUCCUGGCUGAGAUGAAAACUUAGCCUGACAGUAGACAUAGAGCAAUGGGAAGAAAAAUUGCAUAAAUCCCUGGAGAUGUGGAAUGUGCUGAUAUCAGAGCUGAUAGUCUCUUAAGGCCAGAAUUCCUGAAAAAGGAAAAAUUGCUUUUAAGUGGUAGGUCAUUUUCUCACCUGCUUUGAAGCCUGCUGGGUUAAAUAUGAGAGUUCAAAGUAAGGGUAGCCAGCAAACCAAUGAACUGGAAUCUGAUUCUGCUUAUCUGAAAGACGCUUCUUUAUUUAAGAGCAGCACUGCCCUCUCCUUACAGAACCAAUCUUCAUCUACUCUGACUCCUUUCAUUCCUCUCUUGCAAGAAAAGCUUUCUUCUUAGUAAGCCUUGGGAGGGCGUUAUUACAACAGUGAAAAGACUGAAGAUGGUGUUUGGAAAUUUCAUUAACUUACAGAUAAAUUCAGGCUUGUGGCAUGUGACUUUAGUGCUUUUGUGUUUGAAUAUAAAAAUCCCUAGUUGGGUUUUAACUUAACGGGGCAGCAUUUGCAAUGUUGGCAGAUAAGGUGUUAUGGGUAAAGACAGAAAUUAAAAAGACUUCCAGAUAAAUUAUUUGUUUCACUAAGGCAAAACUUGGUUAAAAUUUUUUUCACUGAACACAUAUUGUAGCUGUGCUAGGGUGGGAAUGGGCCCCGUUUCCACAUAUUUCUACUAAUCUUUAUGUGGGAAAAUGUGGUUGGACAUGCCAGUGAUGAAUUUCUGAGCAACUCAUAAUUGGCUGGCUUCACUGUAACUAGGGCCUAACAAUCUGCUUGAUUAAUUCUUUAAGGACUACAUUAGCCAAGUUGCAUGAUUUCCAAAGAUAUAGAAGGUCAGAUGUUACACUAACAAAAGACCUCUCUACAGAAUGUCUCACUGGGAUUUCUUCAGUCCCUUCCCCAAAAUAAUUAACAUUUCUCUCCCUAAAGUACAUUUUAAAAAGUAAUAAGCAGAUAUAAAUGCCAAGUGUCUUUUACUGAAUAGUAACGAGAACUUUUGAGAAGGUUUGUCCAUUAUUAUAAUUUUUUCCAGGACAAAGAUUGUCUUUAUAACUAGGGGAAUAGAUAGACAAUUAUAACCAUGUAUUGAUAUACAUCAGUUUAAAGGUUCCUAAUUUUCUGUUGUCAUAACCAGUGACAUGAAAUCUGUCUACAGGUGAAAGGUUUUUUAUAUUCUUCAUCUGACUUUACUAAAACCCUAAGAGAGUUGCAUUCUAAAUACCUAGGGCCCCAUUCAGAAAUUAAACUGAAAUUAAAAUGUUUCUUCACUUUGAAAAUGAAUUAUUUUCAAGAACUAAUACAGUUUUAAAAACGUUUUGAAUUGUAACUAAGCAUAAAUUCUGGGAAAAUACUCUUCUAUAACAUGCUGUUUCCAUAGUAAUAUAUAUGAGGUAUUUCCCAGAGAAUAUCCUGAUAACAAAGUAAAUCUAUUGUAAUAGGUCAAAAGUUUUAAAUGUUUACACUUUUGUUCCACUGUUGGUACCACGAAAGUCUUUAUUUGGGCAGUCUGGCAUAUUCCAAUUUU